AUGGCGGCGGUGACGUACGAUGGCGUCGAGAGCGCCGAGGGGGGUAACAUCUUCAAAGACGUCAAGUUCUGGGUGGCGACGCGAGUUCCAACGAGGAAAUCGAUCCUCGAGAUGGUUACGAAUAAUGGUGGGACGGUUGUGCCUUUGGAGAAGAAUGCAGACAUUCUCAUUGCGGACCACGCAAGGAAAGACGUCCCCGCGGGGUCCUACUCGUGGAAGUUUAUCACUGAGUCUGUGGAGAACGGCAUCAUUCAGAUCAAGGACCGAUAUCGCAUCGGGCGUGACCCAGAUCUUCCCAGGCCGGCAGGCGGAGGUGUUCGUGGUACGAAAUCGACCCGAACGCCGUUCACUACUGACGAUGACGCGGCGCUUGCCAAGUGGGUGCUCGCUCACACGGUUGACCGCACGGGAAACAAGAUCUUCCAGGAGUUUGAGAGCAUUAACCCCCGACAUACUUGGCAGUCAUGGCGGAAUCGCUUCGUCAAGACUCUCCAGCUACUCCCAAUAGACCAAUUGCAAAAGAUUGCUGCUUCGGCCCCAGAAGAGGAAUCGAAUAGUGCUGAAGGCCAAGCCGAAGCGACUGCAACUGCAACUGUCCCGACCCAACCACAGGAGACUGUCAAGGAAAUUUCUCAUCGGUCUGUUGAGAAGAACUCCCCGCCACGAUCUGAAACGGCACAGCCGGCCGAACCAAUUCUCGAGCCUAUUCAGACUGAGAAUGACACCCACCAUGGUGACGAACAAGAUCCUGAUCUUUCGGACACAGAAGACAGCACAAUAAAACAUGAAUUUUACAAAGACCUGAGUCAGUUUGUAUCUGCUGACGGACUCGAAAUUAAGCUGCGACAUUCGAUUGACGACAAGAUAAUCGAACUUUGGGAUCUCGCCAAAGCAGUCAGUGAGAAGCUGAGAGGGCCCUUAGAGGACCUGGAAGAAGAAGACUGGGCCGAAAUCGCCAUGGAUAUGGGGCUCCAGGCUGAUGAGACUACAAUUGCUCAAUUGCAACAAUGCUUUGACGAAAACCUAGCCGACUUCUUGGACGCUAUGGGGAGCUUCGACGGAGUAGAGGAUGAGGAUGAGGAUGAGGAUGAAUUUAGAGAGCAUGAUCCGAGUCCUCUUCUUGCUCGUGCAUAUAAUGCACUGGAAGAGCCCGACUUUGAGGAUUUGUCAGAGCAACACUGGCCAGAGGCACCACUGUCUCAUGACGCCCCUGAAGAGCUGCCACCAAGCUAUGUGAGAUCAUCGCCGCCGGUCGGGGCGAAGCGGUCUCUUGGCCAGCGGCCACUCUCUUCGUCGGGGCCUUCGACCAAGCGACCACGGUACAACACGAAACUGGAGAUUCCUUCAACCCCAGACAUAGAAGUCGCGGCGGGUCGAAAAGUCCCCUCAGCCCAAUACUUCUCCCCUAGCAUUCGAAAGAGCCUGUCACGGCAAGAUUAUGUGGAUGCCAGCGAGACUUCGCGGCAGCUCUCACCUUUCCACGUUGCGCAGAAAGACCACCCGCUGGAGGAGGAUGGAGACGAGGGCGAAAUCCAGAUGCUCGAGGUAUUGAAGCCAAUGGUGGUGCAGCCACAGUCUCCCCUACUUGGCACACAAGAAACCUUGAUUAACGACACAACACCAUCUCAGCAACUGCGCACAGAAACGUUGAACUCUAGUCCUAUCCCUUUCCGCCUAAGCAAGACUCGCCAGACCAAGAAGACAGGCCUGGAAAGAUCUGGUUCUCAACCCAAACAUAAAUCAACGGCUGGUUCAAAUCAACAUCAAGAAGGCAGCUCAAAAGAGCUAUCCAUUCCUACAGAAGAGCCCCCAUCUACCGCCAAAAAGGAACUCAAACCUGCCCCACGACGAUCUCUCCCCUCCUCAUUCAACUCCAAUUCCCGCCCAAAACCUCCUGCCGCACCAACGCCAGCUCCAGCACCAGCUCCAGCCCCAACCAAGGCACCGCGCCCGCGGCCUCUGCCUUCCGAUUCCAAACCUCGCGAUAUUGACGAAUGGAUCAAACACUACGAGUCCGCCGGCUUUCCUCGCUCCAUCGUAAUCGAGGGCCUUAAGCGUACUACCUUUACACCUGGCGGCCUUGCCAGCCUGGUCAUGCAGAGCCUCCAGGAUGGCAACGACGUACCCUCCCACCACGAGGGCAUCUGGACAGAUCGCGACGAUACCGACCUCAAACUAAUUGCUUCUGUCGACCUCAGCCGUGAGCCUUCUGGUCCGGUCGAUGAGCGCCGCUAUCGCCAUGUCCGCAAGGCGUCUGAUCGGCUUGCUAAGAAGCACGGCCUAGCGAGGAUGGGGCUUAGAAAGAGCUUUCUUGAUGCGCAGGUUCCAGAUAAACCAUGA